UUCGUGGACCCAUUAACGUUUAUAACCAAACUAACUUUGUAAUGUCUUUGCAGAGUGUCCACAUGGUCGCUGGUUACCGUUUCCUCGCGGUUGCCGGAAACAACCUUUUGUUGUUUUGUUGAUUUGAGGUUUUGAAAAAGGAAGUGUGUGUUUUUUUCCCCUUCGGCUUUCUGCAACCCUACAUUAAGUAGCUAGUAGAUGAGGAGGUGUGUUUACACACAGAGAGAGAGAGAGAGAGACCGGGGGGUGGAUGGAAAACAACCCGCCCGUUAUGGCGUAACUAACUAACAGUAUCUAGUUGUAGGUGUGGACGGUACUGCAGACAGAGAUCAUAAUAAACCCAGAUAGGUCUGAUCAUGUCGUUGAUGCAGGCCUGCCGCAGUUUAGCCCUAUCUACAUGGCUCCUGACGUUUUGUUUCGUUCACCUCCUCUGUUUGGACUUUACCGUGGCCGAGAGAGAGGAGUGGUACACCGCUUUCGUUAAUAUCACCUACAUAGACCCGGUCACCUCUGAAGUCCGGACGGAAAAAGCAGAAUACGGUCGAUACGGGGAACACUCGCUUAAACGCGACGCAAAAGGAGUCGUGGUACUUCCUUCUCUCUCUCAGGAUAGACAAGCCUGUGAUCCCGGUACCCGGUUCUCUGUUCCGGUCCAAGGCAGUGCGUGGAUAGCCCUGAUUGCCAGGGGAAACUGCACAUUUAAAGAUAAGAUAAGACACGCAGCGAGCCAAAACGCCUCGGCCAUCGUUAUAUUCAACGUUGGAUCCAGCAACACCAAUGAUACAAUCACCAUGCCACAUUCAGGUAUGGGUGACGUGGUCGCCAUCAUGAUCCCCGAGCCUAAAGGUCGUGAGGUCGCUGCUCUGCUGGAACGGAACGUCACGGUAACCAUGCACAUCACCAUAGGAACGCGUAAUCUCCAGAAGUACGUGAGCAGGACGUCGGUGGUGUUCGUCUCCAUCUCCUUCAUCAUCCUGAUGAUCAUCUCUCUGGCCUGGCUUGUCUUCUACUAUAUACAGAGGUUCAGAUACGUCAACGCACGAGACCGCUACCAGAGGCGUCUGGGAGAUGCAGCUAAGAAGGCCAUCAGUAAGCUGCAGGUCAGGACCAUCAGGAAGGGAGACGGGGAGACUGAGUCAGACUUUGAUAACUGUGCCGUGUGUAUCGAGGGUUACAAGCCAAACGACGUGGUCAGGAUACUACCCUGCAGACAUCUGUUCCAUAGGAACUGUGUGGACCCCUGGCUGCUGGAUCACAGGACCUGUCCCAUGUGUAAGAUAGACAUCCUCAAAGCCCUGGGCAUCGCUUUAAAUGCAGACUGUCUGGAUGACCUGCCCUUGGACUAUGAGAUGGUGGGUGGGGUGGGGGUGGAGGGUCUGGUCCUGGAGGCUGUGGUGUCGGCAGGAUCCAGUGACGGGACCCUCAGUGAGGGGGGGUCGGUGGUUCUAGACCCGGGGAUGCGGAGGGUGGGGUUACCCCAAGACUACCACGAACCAGACCCUCUGAGGGACAGUCCCAUUACUGUUACUACUGAUACCCACACAGGUGAACUCCUGCCUGUGACGAGCAGUGCGUCCCUGGUGUUCGCUGUAGAAACAGAGCUGUCGGACGAAGACCUUUCACUGGAACAACCAGCCCCUGCUGGGGACAUUAAGUCCUGAGACCCGGGCCACACCAGGACCAGAACAAGGUCUUACCGGGGUGAGUCUGGGUUACCUUGGUUCUGUAUUGUCUUCACUAUACUUGGGACAAAUCUAACUUGGGACAGAGGACAGAGACAUACCUGUAGGCUGGAUAAACCUGCCUGGAAUGGGCCUACCUGGAUAAACCUACCUGGAAUGGGCCUACCUGGAUAAACCUACCUGGAAUGGGCCUACCUGGAAUGGGCCUACCUGGAUAAACCUACCUGGAAUGAGACUACCUGGAUAAACCUACCUGGAAUGGGCCUACCUGGAUAAACCUACCUGGAAUGGGCCUACCUGGAAUGGGCCUACCUGGAAUGGACCUGGAAUGGGCCUACCUGGAUAAACCUACCUGGAAUGGGCCUACCUGGAAUGGGCCUACCUGGAUAAACCUACCUGGAAUGGGCCUACCUGGAUAAACCUACCUGGAAUGGGCCUACCUGGAAUAAAAACCUACCUGGAUAAACCUACCUGGAAUGGGCCUACCUGGAAUGGGCCUACCUGGAUAAACCUACCUGGAAUGGGCCUACCUGGAUAAACCUACCUGGAAUGGGCCUACCUGGAUAAACCUACCUGGAUUGGGCCGACCUGGAUAACCUACCUGGAUAAAUAUGCCUGGAAUGGACCUACCUGGAAUGGGCCUACCUGGAUAAACCUACCUGGAAGGGGCAUACCUGGAUAAACCUUCCUGGAAUGGGCCUACCUGGAUAAACCUACCUGGAAUGGGCCUACCUGGAUAAACCUACCUGGAAGGGGCCUACCUGGAUAAAUCUACCUGGAAAAACCUACCUGGAUACACCUACCUAGAAUGGGCCUACCUGGAUAAACCUACCUGGAAUGGGCCUACCUGGAUAAACCUACCUGGAAUGGGCCUACCUGGAUAAACCUACCUGGAUAAACGUACCUGGAAUGGGCCUACCUGGAAUGGGCCUACCUGGAUAAACCUACCUGGAAGGGGCCUACCUGGAUAAACCUGCCUGGAAUGGGCCUACCUGGAAUGGGCCUACCUGGAUAAAUCUACCUGGAAUGGGCCUACCUGGAUAAACCUACCUGGAAGGGGCCUACCUGGAUAAACCUACCUGGAAAAACCUACCUGGAUAAACCUACCUGGAAUGGGCCUACCUGGAUAAACCUACCUGGAUAAAUCUGCCUGGAAUGGGCCUACCUGGAUAAACGUACCUGGAAUGGGCCUACCUGGAUAAACCUGCCUGAAAUGGGCCUACCUGGAUAAACCUACCUGGAAUGGGCCUACCUAGAUAAACCUACCUGGAUAAAUCUGCCUGGAAUGGGCCUACCUGGAUAAAUCUGCCUGGAAUGGACCUACCUAGAAUGGACCUACCUGGAAUGGGCCUACCUGGAUAAACCUACCUGGAUAAACGUACCUGGAAUGGGCCUGCCUGGAUAAACCUACCUGGAUAAACGUACCUGGAAUGGGCCUGCCUGGAUAAACCUACCUGAAUAAACCUACCUGGAUAAACCUACCUGUGAGUGAUUCCAGAUGAAACCAGGACAAAAAAAGAACCACAUUUGUGGGAUUUUCUGGAAAUUGUAUCCAAUGGUCCUUUUUGGAGGAAGGAUUAUUGACAUAUUUUACAUUUUUUACAUUUUGUAUCUAAAGCAUAAUAAAAAAAUAAAGUAUUUAUCAAAUGUGGCAUAUUUCUGACAUUUUGACCUUACCCAGUCCUCCUGGGAGACUCCAUAGUGUUCAAUCUGUAGGUGCUCCAAAGCAACAAUGGGUGUGUUUUGUAAUAUGAGUCGUAUCUACCCGGAUAAACCCCAUAUGGGAUGGGACACCAUGUAUAGUGUACGCUAGAGAUUCAACUCUGUGUCCUUGCCUACGUAGAGAAUAGACUCACCUGGUUAUGGAGCGAUCAGACUGUUUAGUUCCUGUUACCUGGUUCUGUGUGUCAAUGGAGAGGUUCCUGUCACCUGGAGCCCUGGAAAUGUUUCACAAUAAGAGUUCUGAUCUCACACACACACACUGAGCAGUAUGGAAUCAACAGAACCUUUUUGUUAAUCUAUAAACCACAUUUCUAAAACUACUAUUUUGAAACAGAACUUCCAAGAACUGGAGCAUAUAUGACGGGGACAUUUUAUUUUGAAAAAGCCUCAAAGACCUCUGAGAGAUGUAGUCAGUGAACUGCGCACUGUCUUCCCUUUACUAUACUUAGGUUUUUCUGUCUGGGCUGACACGGUCUCUACUACUGGUAACCAUGGAUAAGGUCACACCACUACAUAGUGCAGUAUUGUUGUAGUAAAUGCUAUUUUUAAAGUAGAACGUCAGUAUUCUCUCCUUCAGUCUACCUGUGUAUAUUCUAUGGUUAUAUAUCUGGAAGAAGUACGUUAUUUUAUCCUCCAUCUGUCCAUCCGUCCGUCUGUCUAUACCUGUACAAUGAUCUCACAGUAAAGCGUUGUUUUAUUUCACUACCUUUUUCUGACUUAACUGGCCAAUCAGAGUUGGUUGUGUUAUUUAUGGUGUUGCCCAAUAACUCCCCUUUUUUGACAAUCAGAUGUUACAGCAAUGCUCUGGAAUGUUCUAGAGUCCUUCUCAAAACCUCCUCUGGAACAUUCUAGAAUCCUUCUCAGAACCUCUGGAACGUUCUAGAAUCCUUCUCAGAACCUCUUCUGGAACGUUCUAGAAUCCUUCUCAGAACCUCUUCUGGAACGUUCUAGAAUCCUUCUCAGAACCUCUUCUGGAACGUUAUUUGUUGGGUGUUUUGAGUGGGAGGGACUGGCUACAAAAUAACAUGUCUGUGUAAUCUCAACGGAUGUCAUCUCAAUGGCACCCUAUUCCCUAUACAGUAACACUACUUUUGACCAGAGCCGUAUGCUCACUGAGUGUGUGAUGGGAAAGAGAAAUCGAGUAUUAUUAGUAUAUUAGUAUAGUAUUAUAACAACUAUUUUGAUAAAAACAUAAAUGUUUUAUUUUUGUACCGACACAGAGAGAGAGUCACCGUAUUACUGACCUGAAACAAACAGCUCGACGAUGACUCAAUACAAUAUAUUCUGGAUCGAGGUGACAAACGAUCUUUGUGUGUGUGUGUGUGUGUGUGUGUAGAUAAAUAGCCAAGCGUGAGUUGAACUAGGCACUUGUUCACUCCCCUCAGGAUUCUGAAAGUAUUGGUCUGAACUGGUUGGAAGUAGUUUCCAAUGAGAGGAGGGAAAAAAUAUCUGAUACGGUCCAGUGUUUGACAACAGCAGGAAGUCGAUUUCUAUAUUUAUUAUGCCUCAAGUGAACCGAGUCACCGGGAACCUCCCGCUGCCCUACAGAGGCUGUGUGUAGAAUGGCAACCGGUUCUGUUAAGAGCACACAUAUAGCUUUAGGGUGAAUGACAGAGAGAUCCCCCACCUCCCCUGAGGAACAACCAUAUUGAGGUUAUGUACAGAGAGAGAUCCCCCACCUCCCCUGAGGAACAACCAUAUUGAGGUUAUGUACAGAGAGUGAUCCCCCACCUCCCCUGAGGAACAACCAUAUUGAGGUUAUGUACAGAGAGAGAUCCCCCACCUCCCUGAGGAACAACCAUAUUGAGGUUAUGUACAGAGAGAGAUCCCCCACCUCCCCUGAGGAACAACCAUAUUGAGGUUAUGUACAGAGAGAGAUCCCCCACCUCCCCUGAGGAACAACCAUAUUGAGGUUAUGUACAGAGAGAGAUCCCCCACCUCCCCAGUGGCCCAUUCAGAUGCUGUACCCCGUACCUCCUCUCUGUGCCCCUGGCAGUGGCCCAUUCGGAUGCUGUGUCGUCACACACUAGGGGCUGGGCGAUUUAAAAAAUAUAUAUAUUUUUUUUUAAAAAAUUUUUUUUUUUAUAUCAAGCUCAAUUUCAAUUGUAUGUUGUUUUUUGUGUGAUAUUCCAAAUGCCUGUAUUGACAGAAACAAUAUUCUGUUUUUGGGGGGGGUUGUUUUUUUUGCCUGAGAGGUUUGUCAUCUUGUCUCGUCUUCUUCGCUCCUUCUGCUGUGUGCAUCUUCGCUCAUUUUAGCCAGGUACUAUUCUACAUGCUGUUUGUCUUUUUUAUUUUAUGUUAAAAAAAAUUUAAAUGUUUAAAAUGAGCAAUAACCAUAAAACUCUAUUCUAUAAGGAGUUGGCAACUCGUUCUCACUACUUUUUAAAGCAUAAAGCUCUAUUCUAUAAGGAGUUGGCAACUCGUUCUCACUACUUUUUAAAGCAUAAAGCUCUAUUCUGUAAGGAGUUGGCAACUCGUUCUCACUACUUUUUAAAGCAUAAAGCUCUAUUCUAUAAGGAGUUGGCAACUCGUUCUCACUACUUUUUAAAGCAUAAAGCUCUAUUCUAUAAGGAGUUGGCAACUCGUUCUCACUACUUUUUAAAGCAUAAAGCUCUAUUCUAUAAGGAGUUGGCAACUCGUUCUCACUACUUUUUAAAGCAUAAAGCUCUAUUCUGUAAGGAGUUGGCAACUCGUUCUCACUACUUUUUAAAGCA